AUGCUCUGCUGCCCCUGUUUUUGGUCGCAGAAGAGCAAGGUGCAUCCUUCUGUACCUGUGACACCUACAGAAAGCGGCUCAAAAACACAAACAGAGACACCUGGAACUAGUAAGAAAUCUACGGAGAAGAAGAAGGAUGGUGCAAGGAGAACAUCAAAAUGGUGUUUCUGGAAGAAGAACAAGGUGCAUCCUUCUGUACCUGUGACCCCUACAGAAAGCGGCUCAAAAAGACCAACAGAGACGCCUGGAUCUAGUGAGAAAUCCACAGAGAAGAAAAAGGAUGGUGCAAGGAGAACAUCAAAAUGGUGUUUCUGGAGGAAGAAGAACAAGGUGCAACCUGCAUCAUUUACAGAAAGCAGCUCAGAAACUCCAAAAGAGACUCUGCAAAAUGUCUUUCUGAAACUAUUAGCGGGGGCCAUGCCAGGGCAACUCUCAAAAACAAACAAGAAGACCUCGACUAGCCGCAGUGAGAAAAGUGCAGAAAGGAAGCAGGUAAGUGUGAAGCCAGCCUCCAAACUCCCAGGGAAAAAAUGCAUACAGGGCAAAGAGGCCGGUGUGAAGAUAAAUUUACCAAGCUCGAUGAGGAUCACUGCGACGAAGGAGGAAAGGAAGAAGACAACACAGUAUGGGCAAGAAAAAAAGCCUACAGAAAGGAAGGAGAUGACCUCAAAUAGGCUUAAUAUGAAAAAAGCAAAAACGAAGCAGGUCAGUGUGAGGCCGACCUCAAAACUCCCAGGGACGAAACGCUUAGAGGUCAAAGAGGCCCAUGUGAGGACCACUGCGAUGAGGAAAGAAAAGGAGGAAAAGAGGACGACGACCCUGUAUGGCCAAGAAAAGAAGACUGCAGAAAGGAAGGAGACGACCUCAAAUAGGCCUAAUAUGAAAACAUCCGAAACAAAGCCGGUCAUUGUCAGUCCUAUCUCAAAACACCCAUGGACGAAACGCGUAGAGGUCAAAGAGGCCCAUGUAAGGACAAAUUUACAAAGCUCAGCAGGGACCACUGCAAUGAGGAAAGAAAAGGAGGAAAGGAAGGAGAUGACCCUGCGUGGCCAAGACAGGAAGGAGGAAAAGAAAGAAAUGAUCCUAUUCAAGUCGGAGGAUGAAAUGGCAAAGUUGAUGGAGGUACUGAUGGAGUUGGCCUUUUCUUCUUACAUGGAAUACAAGAAAAGGGUGAGAGAUCCACAUGCAUUCAGUUCCAAAAAGAUGAUCCCUGAGGGAAACAGAAACGGCACGACUCUGACUCCGUCUGAGGGAAACGUAAAGAGCCCGAUUCCAACUCCGUCUGAGGGAAACGUAAAGAGCCCGAUUCCGACUCUGUCUGAGGGAAACAUGAAGAGCCCGAUUCUGACUCCGUCUGAGGGAAACAUAAACAGCACGACUCUGACUCUGCCCCCCAUCACAGACAAGCAAGAGCACACUGGCGGGUGGAUCUGUUGCAGGUUGCCUAAUUUUGGAAACAACUGCUACGUUAACGCAAGUCUGCAGUGUCUGUUCACAGCUGAGUCUUUUUGCGGAGAGCUCUCCUACCUGAUGGACAAUUCUGUCCACAAACUAGAGGACACAUUCCUCAGGUACUAA